UUUCUAAAGGACAACAUCGUUUACGAAAAAAAUUCGUUCGUUUUGAAAUAUUACGUUCGUUAACGAAAACGAUGUCAAUCUCUACUUUUGAAUAUAUGUUAACUAUUAAUCUUCAAAUAAGAAAAUUUUGUAAAAUUUCUUUAAAACUUUUUUGUGUUAAAGGGACAGAUAAUAAUGAAAGUCAGAGUGUUGAAGGGAAAGAUGGCUGCACACAGAGACACCAGUGGCGUAGAUCCUGGUCCUCUAUGGAGAAGGAUGAGGAGAGACAAGAGAGAGGAGAUAAAUCUAAAGAUAAGAUGAAGAAUUUCCUGCUGAAAACAAGAAAAUGGUCGAGCGUCUGUCUAGAGGAGUUUGACGGAGUUCAGAAGAUGAAGAAAAAUUUCUCUGGAAUUCCAUUCAAAUCUGGGAGUGUGAGUGAGAAGCAGAAGAUAUGUGCCAGCUCUGAUCAAGUUUAUUUUGACAAAUAUUGUUGUAUCCUGGAUUUACGGACACAACAGAACGUGCUGCUAAUUGGUAUCUAAAAAUCUACACUUAAUGAGA